CAAAAGCAAAACAAGCAAUUUUAAUAUUGGUAAAUGUUCAUUGAAAAACCACACAACUUUGUUUUUAUUCUAAAGGCGGCUUUUAUGGUGAAUAAACAAUGGAUGAGUUUCGUGCAUUUUUUAAUAAUCCCUGUCCAUCCAGUGCUCAAAUAAUAAAACUUAAAAGUCCACUUACGGGUGGGCUUCGUAUCACGAAAAAUGAUACAAUAAAUGCAUUAAACAGACGAGAAGAACAUCGUCAGUCCGUUGUUCUUAGUGGCACGGAUUAUGCUCGAGAAGUCAAGGAAAGAGAAACAGAAAUGUAUUUAAAGAAUGAAAGAGAGAGGGAAACUUUUGACAGUAUAUCCGGAGGCCUAGAUUCGCUGGAACAAUUAUCAUCCUGGGGAGCCUCUAUGCAGAAUGUUGAAAUGUUAACAGAUUUAGCUAUGACGGAAGUCUAUAGCAAGUAUUCCUUCCAGAUGAGAGAGGAUACAAAAAACCUAGCCAUUCAUGCCUUUCAUGACAAUAUAAUGGAUAGGAUUAAAGCAUUUCCAGUAGUCAUAAUAGAAGGUCCAACAGGAUGCGGCAAAACAACCCAAGUACCACAAUGGAUACUUGAUGAUGCUUAUAACAACCGGAAACCUUGUAAGAUUGUUGUCACACAACCUAGGAAAAUAGCAGCUAUAUCCAUUGCGAAAAGAGUGGCUCAAGAAAGAGGUUGGGAUGUUGGUGGUGUUGUUGGUUAUCAGAUCGGGCUUGAAAAUAGAACAUCUACUGAUACCCGAAUUAGCUAUGUAACUACUGGAAUAUUGUUACAAAAACUUGUAUCUGCAAAGAAUAUGAAUGAAUACACACAUGUUAUACUUGAUGAAGUUCAUGAACGAGGACAAGAAAUGGAUUUUUUAUUAUUAGUAGUUAAAAAAUUACUAUACACAGUAUCUCCUGCUGUUAAAGUUGUUCUUAUGUCAGCUACAUUUAAUUGCAAAGCCUUUGCUGACUACUUCCUGAUACCUACACCGCGAGGAUUUCAGAUGUCAUCCUGUUUAAAAGUUACAAAUAAUAAACAAACAUUCACUGUUAAGACAUUUUAUUUGAAUCACCUUAAUAAGUUUGGUUCGAUUCUUCAACAAGCAACACCAAAAAAUGAUGAACCAGUGAUUCUGCCAGACAUGUACCACCUUGUUAUAAAACUGGUAAAUGCAUUUGAACUGAUAGACAAAAAAGAAGAGUAUACAGACAGGAAUGAAGCUGACUUGCCAUCUGUGCUUAUAUUUCUUCCUGGUAUACAUGAGAUCGAGGAGCUUUAUUCUUGCCUGACAGAUGUUGUCUUGAGAAGAAAAUUAGCAGAUGCAGAGUGCGCCUCUUAUAAGUGGUGGGUAUUACCACUGCAUUCUACAAUCACAGCAGAUGAACAAGCGAGGGUGUUCCAAAGAGCUCCUCCUGGACACCGCAAGAUUAUCCUUGCGACUAAUAUUGCUGAGAGUUCCAUUACUGUACCUGAUAUUAAAUAUGUCAUAGACUUCUGCCUCAUGAAAGUAUUGGUAGCAGAUCAAAACACGAACUUCACGUCUCUUCAACUGCAAUGGGCAUCUAAGACGAACUGCGAGCAGCGGGCGGGACGCGCGGGGAGGGUGCGAGACGGACGAGUUUACAGACUCGUUACUGAUAAGUUCUAUGAUACUUUAUCACAAGAGUGCAAACCUGAAAUAAUUCGGUGUCCACUGGAGCGUCUCGUCUUAUUGGCCAAGAUGUUGGAGAUGGGCACGCCCAGCAAUAUACUAGCCCUGGCCAUGGAUCCGCCGGAUAUGUCGAACAUAUAUAGAACUAUACUCGUGCUUAAGGAGGUCGGCGCUCUAAAGAAGACGCUGGGUGACGAGUGGUGCGUGUCGGACGGCGACCUCACGUACUUGGGGCGGGUGAUGGCCAAGCUGCCGAUCGACGUCAGGAGCUCCAAGCUCAUUGUACUCGGAUAUAUAUUUGGAUGUUUGGAGGAAAGUGUUAUCAUGGCUGCCGGGAUGUCGGUGAAAAAUGUGUUCAGUAGCCCUUUCCGAGAACGUCUCAACGCGUACAACUCGAAGUUGACGUGGGCCGAUGGUUCUACCAGUGAUUGCAUUGCACUGCUUAAUGUUUACAAGGUGUGGAACCAUCUUCGUCAGCAAAAAUACUUCAAGCAGCAAGAUACUAACGAGGUCCAAUGGGCUCGACGUUUCUACGUCCAGGUACGAGCGCUGAGGGAACUGGAUGAUAUGGUUCGCGAACUGCGUCAGCGACUCUCCAGAGAAGGCAUUGAGGCUUCGAAGGGGAACUCUCCGUGGAGCAAACAUGAGUUGCCACUAGUGCUCAAGGUGAUCCUAGCGGGCGCGUUCUACCCGCAAUACUUCGUGCAAGUGACGACGGACGAGGGCCGCGAGCGCGACGCCGUGCGCGCGCUGGGCGGGCUCGACCCGCGCCGCUCCGUGUGCCUGCGGGGCUUCCCCGACGCCCAGCCCGGCCGCGUGUACGCCGCCGCCGUGCGCAGCGCCGUGCGCCGCCACCUGGGCGACGAGCCGCGCGUCUCCUUCGACGCCAACAGCCGAAAAAUUUACUUGACGUUCCACGACAAUAAUCCAAAUGUGAAGAACGACAAAAACUCGGGGGGUGAUCCCACAAUUCCCGGACAAGUCGUGUUGUCGGUAUACAAAGCGGUUAAAGCGAGACAGUUAAAAAUGGAAUUCAGAAUUCCUUUACUUCCAAUAGAAAAGGCAAACGCGCUCGCUGAAGCGAUGGAAGAAAAAAAAACAAGCGUGGAUAUGAAUAAGAUGGUUCCCCGUCUGCCGGAGAUAGAUGAUACACAUUUCCCCUUAAAAAUAUCCCAAAUGAUCGACAUCGGUAAGUUCUGGGUGCAAUACGACGACGAGUCGACCGCGUCCGAGCUGCGCCAGAUACAGACGACCCUGAACCGCAAGCAGUUGCUCGCCUGCGCCGGACCCGCGCACCUCGACGCGCUCGUGGCGGCGCCCUACGCCGACGCCAGCGGCACGCAGCUGUUCCGCGCUCGCGUCACCGCCCUGCUGCCCAAGGACAUGCUCGAGGUUUUCUACAUAGAUUACGGCACCGUGGGGCGCGUGGGCUCGUGCAGCCUGCGCGAGCUGCCGGCCGGCCCGUGCCGCGAGGCGCCGCCGCUGGCCAUGCGCUGCGCGCUGAGCGGCAUCGCGCCCGCGCCGCUGCUGCACGCGCACGCGCACUGGGCGCCCGCCGCGCAGCGACUGUUCACCGAGCUGGCGGCGCGGGGCCGCCUGUUGGGCAAGAUCUACUCGGUGACUCAUGGUAUUGUCUCUAUUGAACUUUUAGCCGAAGGCGGAAAGUUAAAUAUUAACAAGGAACUAUUGAACAAGGGUUUUGCAAUAGCUUGCGAGGAGAGCUAUGACUCUAAGUUGAAUCACGAUUUAAGGCAGACGGCGACAGAAUUGAAUAUGGCGCAAAAGCGCGCUUACAAUAAGGAGCAAACGGAACUUGCUUUCGAUCGACUUCGAGAAGCGGAAGCUCCUAGCUACAAGGAGUGCAUAUCGGACGUGUGCCUCCGAGGACCUGAUAGUCCGCUGGAGUCAACUCUGCACAACCUAAUGUACGCGAGUCGUGACAAGCAAGUGUGCGUGGAGUGGAACUCGGUCAACUCCGUGCUACUUGAUACGGAACCACAGGAGGUGUACGAGAGGUUAUUGGUAGCUGCCGAAGUGGGUCAGAACGAAACAAGCAGUAAGCUGACACUGCGCCACACAACGCUGAUGCCUAACAUACGGGGUCUUCCCGCCAUUAUCGCGCUACUGUUCUGUCCCGAAGCGGAGCUGCGUCGCGACUCAGGCGGGUCCCGCUACGUGAGCGUGCUGUGCGGGCUCGGCAGCGACGACCGCGGAGCGCCGCGCUUCCCGGAGCACGACCUGCUCGUCGACAUCGACGCCGACCUCGCCGUCGACGACAUCGGCCUCAUAAAUCACAUCCGUUAUCUGAUGGACUAUAUGAUGUUCUGCAACGAUGGACAAGAUAUUCCUUCGUCUGACGAUGAUUUCAGACCGAACGUACCGAAGUUUAUCCGAGACGAUUUAAUGCAGUUACUAUUAAAACGUCGUAAGCACCGCGAACCACAGACCGUUGUUAACGCUUGGGAAUGGAAGUCGAUCCCCGAAGAUGAGGUGCUGGAGAUCACCAUCCCGGACAUGGUGGAGAGAGCCGUGGUAUAUCCACUGCACGCUCCAUUAGAACUGUAUCCGGUGUCCAGGGAUAAGCUUUUAGCCUUGAAAAGGGAUAAUGACGAGCUUAAAAUGCUUGUUAGUAGGACAUUACUCUCGUCGAGCUCGGAUCUAGUAUGCAAGCUGUGUGGGACACCUCCCAUGCCUACGCACGCUAUGCGCAUACAUCUCUGUUCCAAUGCGCACUUGGAGAAAGAGGAGGAUUUCCGCAUCGUACAAUCGUAGACAAAUAACAUUUUGUUGAUCAUAGACAAAAAAUAUUUGACAAAGAGUCAAAGACAAAGUUAUAAUAUCUCGAUUUUAUUUUGGAUAGAAUUUUAUAGGCCGUGAGGUCUAUCUGGAUCUGUUACGUAGUCUACACGUUGUAGCUACAUACUUUGUGAUAUAGAUGAUAAAACAUUUCCAAAUAUAUAUUUUUGGUAUAUUCAUUCAUCUAAGUUUUUUUUGUUACUAUAUAUAUAUUAGAUAAUAUUUUUAUCUAUUAUUAUCUAAAAUAAGACUAUUAAUUAAGGAAAUAAGUUUGAAAGAAGUGUUUUUGUUUUAUUAUGAAUGAGUGUAUAGUGACAUAAGUGAAUAUUACACCACGUUUACACUUAGCCACUUCCAAUACAUUUCUAAAUUCAAAUUUAUUACUGAAAGUAAAAUGAUCGCCUGGCGUUAAUACUGUAUCGAACGCUUUCUCCAGCUGUCAUAUUUAUCCAUCGUAAUACUAUUUUAAUGUAGCGCUGAUGGCGUAUUACUAUCUCUUUCUUAUGUAUGAUGUUAGAAACGAUAACAAUAUAUGUAGUGUAGAAAACAGGAGUAUGCCAGCCCUGCUAUGGAAGUGAGCUGAAUGUUAACGUGUUAACCGUAUGAUUUGACUUAAAUUUUAAGUCCUGAUUGUUAUAUUACUUUAAAAUAUUUCCAUUAUCGUUUAACGUUUGUUAAGAAAUAAAUUGAUUG